UGAAAAGAGAAAAUAUACUUAAUUAACAGACUAAAUAUGAUAUAUAGUAGUUGUUUUCGAACAUUUUACUUUUUAAAACAUUAAUUAAUUCCUAAAAUGUGAUACUUAAUAUCAUUUAUGUGAUUAAAGAGGGUAGUUUUUUGUAUGAAUUUAAGGAGGGAGUUUGCUAGAUGUCACAGCUGGGACCGGUCCUGUCACUGGUGGCUUCAAGAAUGUUCCGGGUUCCUGUGGAAAAUCGUAGAACGUGCUAGUCACAACUUCAACCUCUUCUAAAAACCGUUUCCUCACAGUGACGACUUCAGAACGACUGUGAGACAACAAACGCCUUGACAACGUCAUCAGGGUAUAAAAGAUGGCACAGCGGCUUUUCAACCCCCAGAAUUUGGCGAUGUAUGCCGAAGAUCCGCCUCUACCGAAAGGUUGGGAGAUGAGACUCGACCCUCAGACCGGUUGGCCGUUUUUUAUCGACCACAACACCCGGACUACAACAUGGCAAGACCCCAGGAGACAGAUGCUUGGUCAGCACAGGGCGCAGGCUGGACACAACCAGCAGCCACCACAGCAGAGCCGACAGAUUCCUGUGCAGCACGAGGGCGCCCCCCAGCAGAGGUACACGGUACCGCAGAAGGAGAACUACCACGCCAGACCAACUCUUCCACAGAACGGGCAGCAGCCUAAGGGUUACCACCAGAUUCCGGUCCAGCACGAGUCGUCGGCGCAGCAGCCACGAGCACGACAGACGGAGCGCGUAGCGGAGACAUCACAGCGGGGUCCCGGGGUGUCCCCCCAGCAGACACGCAGACUGUACCCCCCAAGGGGCGGGUCGCCCAAACCCGCGUCACCCCAGGCACAGACCGUGAACUCACGAGUGCGUGAUGUCCCAAUCCAGCGUGUGCAGACGCCUCCUGCCGGUUCGCCACAACAGCUACGGCGCGAGAAGCCAGAGACACCACCGAUGCAGGACCAGCCCCAACCGGAGCCGCCCCAGGAACAACCGCAGCCCCAACCGGAGCCUGCGCAACCUCCGCCCAAACCGUCAUCUCUCGGUAAGAUCGAUAAAAUCAUGGCCGACGUGACGCGACUGCACAACGAAGUCCAGGACUUCUCCGGCUUGAAGAAGGACAAUCUCAAGGAAUAUCUUCGACUUGAGGAGUUCCUGACGAAAUGCUUGCUUCAGCUGGACGGCAUAGAAACGGAAGGGAUCCCGGAAGUACGGACUGCGCGUAAACAGGCCGUGGUGAAAUGCCAACAGGCGCUGACCGACCUGGAUCUAAAGGGGAAGGGAGAAGAGCUGGCCACGGCGAACGCCACGACAGAGAAUGUUGAAACAACGGACGGACAGAGCGGGGAAACAGAAAAUGAACAGGGCGAUCCCAUGGAAAUGGAACAAGCAGCGGAAGAUAAGUCGACAGAAAACAGAGACGCUGAGAAGGAAAAUGGAAAACAGAAUGCAGAAAAGAAGGAAAACGAAGCGGGGGAUAAAAACCCAGAGGGGAAAUCGCAAUAAGGACGGGAGCACGAUAGUUAGGAGAAUUGAAACUUUGAUCACAAGUGUUGUUGUCGCCAUGUAAUUCACCAAUUUUUCUCUAGAUACAAAUAUGUAAAUUAAGAUGCAGCUAACUUAUCGGGUGUUUCUUGCCAACUACUAAAGCAGUACAUUACUGUUUGAGCUAAUAAUAUAUGCAUGGUAAUGGCAUCUGGUGGUAGCUAUACUGACUUCAUGUACAUAGAAGAAUCAUCAGAAUGCAGUGAUGCGAUGGCAAUGUAACAAGAUAAAGAAAAUUACCAAGACUCAUCAAUACUGUCAGGGUUAAUGUAUAAAAUUUAAAAGAUGAACUAACGAUAGUAAAGAUUCUAUGUCCUAAAAGAAGUAUAACAAUAGAAAGUUGAGCACUACGGCGAGAAGUACAAAUUAAAAGUAUCUCUGAUACAAUUUACAUCUAUGCUCAUCAGGCUAAACUUCUGAGCUGUUAUUUUAUCAAACAGAUGGAAAGAAAGUAAAAUUUGUGUAUUCUUCUCUGAACUGUUCUCAGAACGUGUUGUAUUGGUGUGGUAAAUUAUUACGGUUAGAAAAUAACGAUCCAAAGUAUUGCUACUAUGGAAAGAUGGAUAUUUAAACCAUUACUGUAUGUUGUGUGGUCAGAUGGAAAGAAAGUAUAUUUUAUGCCAGUAACAAUUCAAGACUGUUGUAUGUCAAGUCAUGUUAGGGUAUAGAUUGUGGGUAGGGAUAGAAAAUGCAUGGGUAGCUUUAACUUCAACUUACUAAGCUAGCUGUUUGGCUCCACAUUUGUAUCGGUUAUGGUGGUAGGAAGCGAUGUGAAGGUUAAAAAAAAACAGCACAAAGAGUUCACACGAAAUACAGAAAAAUACAUGUAAGCUGAAUACUGAGAAAAAAAUUACACCAUUUUUUACAACAGCACCCCCGCAAUGUGUCUUGGUUUCUCCCGUAUAAAGGCCUUUUAGAAGGAAUACUAUUAAAUAUAGAUAACACCUGCAAAGAGUAUAAGAUUGUACAUGUGUAAGUAUGUGAAGAAAUCUCUUCCGAAUGCCAGUUGUAACAAGCUUGGAAGUGAAAUGGCUUUGAAGAUAUCGCAUUUGUGAUGUCAUAUGUAAAAAAAAAGGUGGAUAAUAGAAGUUAGCAGGUAUAGUGGUGAUAUUUCUUGAGCAACUUAGUAAACAAAGUAACAAACUGUGAACUUAAUUGUAUAAUUGGCAAGCAAGGAGGAAGGGAGGGGGGUGAAUAUAGCCUGUUAGUUAAAUCAUUAGUUGUCAAGCCCUCUCUGCAAUUUCCAGA